UGCAGGUGAGCUGAGAGCGCAGCCGCGCUCACAACUGCCGUUUUGUCACAGUCGGCAACCAAAAUUCUUUCCUUUUCACCUCCGCCGCCGCCGUCACCACAACCAGAAAGGAAUGACGGCAUAUGGAGCAGUGAAUUCUCUGAGGAAUACAAUUGAUUAUAUUCUUCAUUCUUCUCAUUUUAGCCUUGUUGAGUCCUCUCCACAUAUCUUACAACUCGCCUACGAGGAGUUGAAUCCAUUGCAAGAAAUUCUUGAAAGAUUGGAUAGCACGAGCACAGGCAGGAGCAGGAAGAAGGUGAAUGGUUUGGAUGGAAGAAUCAAAGAGUUGAUAUGGGAAUUUGAGGACGUAUUGGAAUCCCUUCUCUGCCAACAGAUUCAUUCACAAUUUUGUGCAGACCAAAUAGAUGAGGAAAUGCAAGAGAGAGUAUGGGAAUUCCAAGGGUUAUUGGAAUCCCUUCCCUCACAGUCCAAAAGCCUCGAAGAUGAAGAUGAUGUUGACGGUGAGAGAAUCAGAUUCUCCAUUGAUCUGCAAUUCCUACAACAUCAUGUUCCUUCCUUCAUCAAGAGGCUCAAGGGUAUGGAGGAGGAAUAUAUUUAUGAAGUAGACAAUAUGCCUGAAGACGACGAAGAGGACGAAUCUAUUUCAUCAAGAAGUGGGACCAAGUCGAAGUUGAUUGGAUUAUCGGAUCAAUUCCAACAAGUCAAAGGGAAAAUUAUGGAUAGCUCAGACAUCAUGAGCCAUUUGUAUGUACUUCAUGGAACUGCAGGCAUCGGGAAGAGUGCUCUUGCUGAGGCAAUUUUUAAAGAUCCAGAAAUCUUGAGCCGUUUCGAGCGUCGUGCGUGGGUCAGGAUAGGCAGAAAAUCUCAAUUCGAUGAAGUCUCACGAGGCAUUCUUGCUCAAAUGUUUGGACUCACAGAAGGAGAUCACGAAUUAGGUUCCUACUUGAAAGAAAGAUUGGAGGGAAAGAAAUGCCUCAUUGUGUUCGAUGAUGUGUGGGAGGCACAAAUAUGGGAUUCCUUGUUAAGUUUACGGAACAUCGUUCAAAGAUCAGUUUAUAUCUUGGUUACUACUCGAGACACAUGUGCAAUUCCCCCAAUAAUAAAUUAUACCACUAUGUUGGUGCGGUUUUUGAAUGAAGAAGAAAGUAAGGAGCUACUAUGCGAGAAGGUGUUUGGUGAAAAGGAUUGCCCUUUUCAACUAAACAAAGCCGUUACCAAAAUUGCGAAGAACUGUGAAGGUCUUCCUCUCAUGAUGGUCACAGUGGCCGACACCCUAUCAAAAUCCCAGAAUACGGAUCCCAAAUACUGGGAUGAUGUAGCAGAAAUGCGAAAUUCAGUAUUUACGGAUGCAUAUAAUGAGAUGUCAAAGGUACUUUUCCCAAGUUAUGACUACUUACCUCAAUAUCUUAAACUGCCUUUCCUGUAUAUGAGAGUCUUCCCGCCCGAUUAUGACAUCCCCAUUUCCAAGAUCAUGAAUAUGUUGGCUACUGAGAAGUGGUUUUAUAACACAAACUUGCGAUCUUUCGAAAACUAUGUUUGGCUAUGUUUGGACCAGCUUUGUGCGAAUAGGAGUCUUGUUUUAUUCAACAGAAGGAGUGCCAUUUAUGGGGACUUACAUUGCAAGUUUAAAACUUGCCGCCUUCUUUUCUCGUGGCGGCACUUGUGUAGAGGAGAGGCUCGGAAGAACAAGUUUUAUUAUAUCUUAAAAAACCUUGUUGAUGGCUUAGAAGAUGAUUUAGAAGGUCAACGUUGCUUGUGUCUUGAAAAUAACAUUUUAUUUAGCAUCAAAGACUUUUGCAGCUCCGUGAGAUUGAACUGUGCAUCCUCUGCACGUUCUCUCCUUUUUUUUGGUCCAUACCAUCAGUAUCCAAUCUCAAUAGGUGACAAUUUCAAAUUGCUUGGGAAACUAGAUGCUCUUAAUCUACGUUUGUACACUUUCCCAACAGAAAUUCUGACACUAGUCCUAUUGAAGUACCUUGCUCUAACUUGCAAUGGAGAACUCCCUACAACCAUAUCUAAACUUUUCAACCUUCGAGUCUUGAUUAUUCAUCCGCAUAACAACAUUAGGAUCUUUGGAACUUCAUCGUAUGUACCAACACAAAUAUGGGAUAUGAAAGAGUUAGAGCAUAUUGAGAUAUUGGGGAAGAGCCUUAUAGCUCCAUGUCAUUCUGCUUCUUUGAAAAAGCUCUCCACACUUGUAGGUAUGGAUGCCAGCAUUUUUACUAUCUUGAAACUCUCCCAUAAAGUUCCUUAUAUAAGGAAAUUAGUAGUUCAAACACCUUAUGAUGACCAUCAUGACCUUUUAAGUUGCUUUGGUUGUAUUUCAACACUUGAAAGUUUGGAGAUACUAAAAUUUAGUAUCAUAGAUCCUGAGAUUAAGUACUAUGAUGCAUUUUCUAGUGCAUUGAUGAUGUUGCCACGUCGAUUGGUAAAGUUACAUUUGAGUGGCAUGGGUUUUCCUUGGGAAUACAUGAACGCAAUUGGCUCUUUGCCAUUUCUUGAAGUGCUCAAAUUGCGAGCCUACGCUUGUCAAGGUCCAAAGUGGGAAGCGCAAGAGGGAAGUUUUUUGCAACUUAAGUUUCUUCUAAUUGAAGACAGUGAUUUGGUGCAAUGGAAACCAAAAUCUGGAAGCUUCCCUUUUCUUAUGUCCCUAAGCAUGAAACAUUGCUACAAACUUGAAGAGAUCCACUGGGUGUCUCACUAUGCAAAAGGAACGAUUGAAUUAGUGAACUGCGAUCCUGUAGCUUUCACUUGUGCCGAGCAAUUGCAACCGAGUCCGAAUACGGUCGUUGAAGUUACAUCCUCUUCUUCUUUUGACAAGAAACCCAUUACUAUCCAGUGUAAAAGGUCUGGCGCCAUGACAACACAGCCGGAAAUAAGCUACGUUCGCAGGGGCAAUACGUACAGUUUUCGCUAAGUCAAGAAUGAUGAGGUUUGACAAACCUCUUGAUGCAUUAGUUGCUGGCUUUGGAGAGAAGAGGGGCUCCAAAUUUAAUUAGGUGACAAAGUUUGAAACCUUAGUUUGAUUGGUUUGAAGUUUGAUUAUGUUGUUGUGCUAAACAUUGAGGAUAAUCUUUUUGAUUACUUUUGAGAUUUGAGUAAUGAAAUUUCAAAGUUUUUAUACUC